CGUCACUCACUUUGCGUCAUCAUUUAAACAACUAUAAUUUUAGCUGAAGAGGAAUUAAUGGUGAUACAUAUUUGUCGUGAUAUCUGUUCAAGAAAUUGUAUAUAAUCUUCAUUUACCAACAACAGCUGACUAAUCAUUUUGGUACACGUUGGCUGGGGUCAAUCAGUAAAUUCGGCAUCUGGGCGUGAUGUUUGGACCUCGUUUCGGACGUUUUUCGAGGUACCCUCAUGGUAGAAGAGGGGGAGGAGGGAAUGGGAAUCUGGGUCUGCUGCUACUGGCCUUCCAGAUAAUGCAAACUGGGAUUGACAACAUCCCCCUGGUUACUCUGGGCACUCUGUGUUUGAAUUGCGCAAUCUACCUCAGGUUCCCUCCAAACUGGAUAGUCCCCCUCGGAAAAGCUUGUGUCGGCUUCACUCAGGUUUGGUACUUGAAAGAGUGGAAGCGUCUGCUGCUAUCGCCCUGGUAUCAUACUUCAGAUAUGCAUCUGUACUACAACAUGAGCAGCCUCAUCUGGAAAGGGCGUAAACUGGAGCUCAAAUUUGGACCAAUCACAUUUGCAGUCACCCUCGCUCUCUUUUGCUUCCUCUCGCCGCUGAUUACUGUGGGACUAUCGUUUGCAGCAGCCGAGAUAUUAGAAGACGUUUCGUAUCUCUCUCAAUGUGCGGCUGGGUUCUCAGGCGUUCUGUUUGCCCUGAAGGUCCUCGUGUCCUAUUAUGAAUCGGAGAGAAGCUUCACAACAGUCAUGUUCUUUACAGUGCCGACCAGAAUGGCGUUUUGGCUCGAAUUAGUUCUCAUCCAGAUUCUCGUUCCGAACGUCUCAUUUGUAGGUCAUCUCGCAGGAAUCCUGACCGGACUGUUGUAUGUGAAGGGACCACUGAAGCCUGUAGUGAAGUCAGCAUCUCGUCUCAUAGAAUCCAUAUGGUAUGGUCAACCGAAUCGUCGAUCAUUUCACAGCUCGGGAACCACGGGGGGCUAUCAUUCCAACAGCAGAAAUAACAGUAACUACCACAAUAGAGACCGAACUAGUUACAACAGAAGCGAACCAUAUGCGGGUGGCAUGUCUGAUCAAGAGCAGACAGAGAGGGCUAUGCGAGAUAGUAUGACGUCACAUCACCAAAGUCAACAGAGAAACUCGAAUGUUUCAGCUAAUAGUAGAAUGUACCCGGAUCUGAGCGGAUACCGAUACGAGCACGAACCCUCAGCGCCCCCUCCCCCUGAGUAUGACGAUCCGAAUCCAGGAAGUACAAUUUAUAACGAUGAACCCAGAGAUAACUACCCAGAUAUCGGGUUUGUACGGCAACAAAGACUGAACAGAUAUACUUGACAUUUAAUGUUUUCUUUCAUGAUGAUAAUGGUGAUCAUCUAUUCUUUGGAUCGUUUAGUUAGUAUAUAAAUUGAAAUUU